UUUUUGUAUUAACCUGUCAGACCUGCCUUGCUUUUUUUUUUAUUCUGCCCAGAGGAUUUUUCCAUUUAACCAGGUGCUAAGGUAACUGGAUAGCUCUAUUAAAGAUUGUUGUUUCAUUUUAUUAAAAUGCUUUGUUAUAUUUUUUUUGUGCCAGCUUAAAGAUGUGUUUAACUUUCUUUCUGUGUGGUUAUAUAAUAAGCUAGAUAUUUAAAUACAAAAUAAACAGUUAGCACAAAUGUUUUAGUCCACUGCUUAGUCAGUGCCUGUUCCAACAAGUCCUCGGUUUGUGGUGCACUAUUGUUGACUACCGUCGCUACAGACAAACAUGCGUGAAAUACUUAUCGUCAACAGACGGAGAAGUGAAACCGGACUCUGCCUCUGUGGCAUUUCCUCCUUUUUGCGCAGCAGCUCGCUAAACACGCCGAAUUGAAUUCUCUUCUUCUUUCUUGAAUGAGUCGUGAUGGACUAAAAACGGAUCCACUGAUAUUUCAAACUUUCAGCACUUUUCAGAGCAGGGUUUGAAACCAUGACUGCCCCUCUUUCCUGUCUCUUGACAUGCAGCCUUUUCAUCUUCAACUUCAUCGGCGGGCCGUAUCCGUGCAUGGCCUCUGCCAAAAAAUCCACCUGCAUCAUCCAAGGUGGCAGGGCCGACUGCAGUCACCUCAGUCUGAGGGUGAUCCCGUCAGAUCUGCCCUCAAACAUCUCCAGCCUGGAUGUGUCUCACAACAAACUGGUGAAGGUGCCCGGGGAUUCUCUUGGCCGAUACAGAGGCCUCAUCCACCUUAACGCGAGUUACAACAGCAUCGCCAGGGUGGAUGAAAGCUUAUGCCAGAGUCUGCCUCUGCUGCAAACGCUGAACCUGGAGCACAAUCAAGUGCAUUUGUUGAAAAAAGAGGAUCUGGGCCAAUGCACCACCCUGACUUGGUUAAAUAUAGCUAAUAACAGGCUGAAGCUGCAGGAAGAACCCUUCUCUGGUCUGCAGAACCUACAACAUCUUGAUGUGUCGAAGAACAAGCUGCAGUCGGCAAAGCUGGGCUCGCGACCUCAGCUGCCCAGCUUGCGGAGUCUCUGCCUGGGACAGAAUGUUUUCACCUCUUUGAAGAGUGAGGACUUUUCUUACCUCAGUUCAUCCCCGUCUCUGCAAGCUCUUAACUUGUCAUACGUGUCUCUGAAAACAGUUGAGAGUAGAUGCUUUCAGCCAAUUUCAGGUCUGCGUACUUUAAUCUUGGAUGGGAGCGAUAUGAGCUCUCAGGCAAUGUCCAAACUGCUGUCAGCGCUGUCAGCGACUGCCAUAGACAGUCUGUCUCUGCAGAGGAUGAAGCUGGUUGCACUCGGAAACCUGACAUUUGCCGAACUGCAGAAAACAAAUCUUACCUAUUUGGAUCUGUCUGCGAAUGGAAUGACCAAUAUCGAAGACGGCUCAUUUCAGUGGCUUCCUAAACUCCAAUCCCUAAUUUUGUCAGACAACAACUUAAGGCGCUUGACCAGAGGAACAUUUCAGGGACUUAAAACGUUGAAGAAACUGCAGCUGACGAGCGCGUUGACGAGCGCGUUGGGGAAAAAACAUACAUCUCCUGCUGUCAUUGAAGAUUACGCUUUCCAAUCCUUAAACAACCUGAAAAGUUUGAUGUUGGAUCAUACUGCCUUUUUAAAAAUCACAGAGAAAACCUUUACCGGCCUGACAAGUCUCACAGAGCUAGAUUUGAGUUGGAGCAGCUACACGCAGACCCCACAGAGAGGACUCACCAACAAGACCUUUGUCUCACUUAAAGAUUCACCUCUCAAGAAGCUGAACUUGGCGGGAAACGCUCUGACUGAGCUCCAACCGGGGAGCUUCUCUGCUCUGAGCAGUCUUGUUGUUCUCAUCCUUGAUUUCAAUUUUAUCAAGCAGACUCUAACAGGCAGGGAGUUUGAAGGUCUUUCUCAGAUACAGGAAAUUCACCUGAGCAACAACAUCCAAUCCAUUAACCUGACCUCCUCGUCAUUUGUGAAUGUAUCUUGUGUCAGAGUCCUGACUUUGGGUAAGAGCCUUAAAGCAGAAGCCCUAAAUAAGGAUCCUUCUCCAUUAUGGCCCCUGACUAACCUCACUGUCCUGGAUCUCAGCAACAACAACAUUGCUAACAUCAGGACGAACUUACUGAAGGGGCUUACGGACCUGAAGGUGCUGAAACUCCAACACAACAACCUAGCCCGGUUGUGGAAGAUGGCUAACCUAGGUGGCCCUGUGUUGUUUUUGAAGGACACACACAAGUUAGAAACCCUGCAAAUGGAUUACAAUGGAUUGGAUGAGAUUCCAGUGGGGGCUCUUCAAGGUUUGACGUCACUUAGUGUGCUAACCCUCAGUAACAACCUCCUAAACAAUCUCAAGAACCCAGUUUUUGAUGAUCUGAAGUCUCUUCGUGUGUUGACUUUAGCAAAGAACCUGAUCACAAAUGUUAGGCCGGAAGUGUUCCAGACUCCCAUGAGCAACCUCAGCGUGCUUUGGAUGGACAAAAACCCCUUUGACUGCACCUGUGAGGGUAUCCUUUGGUUUGUGACCAGGUUGAACAACACUAAUGGAACCAGUGUGCCCGGUCUGAAAGACAACUACAAAUGCAACACUCCUUUAAUGUAUUUUAACCGCUCCAUCAUGGAUUUUGACCCCAUGUCGUGCAAAGAUAAAACCCCAUUUCAGGCUCUAUACAUGCUGAGCAGCACAGCAGUUUUAAUCAUGAUGGUCAGCGCACUCCUGGUUCGCUUUCAAGGCUGGAGGAUUCAGUUUUACUGGAACGUUUUGAUCAAUCGUACUUUAGGAUUUAGUGACGCCACAGCGGAAGAGGCCAAUGGCUUUGAGUAUGAUGCCUACAUUAUACAUGCUGAGGAGGAUGCUGGCUGGGUGACAAAACAAAUGACCCCUUUGGAGUCUGCAAAAUACAGGUUUUGUUGGGAGGAGCGAGAUUCAAUCCCAGGAAUGUUCUAUUUGGAAUCUAUUAUGGAAAAUAUGAGAAAGUCCAGAAAAAUUCUGUUUGUGGUGACAGAAAGUCUUCUCAAAGAUCCUUGGUGUAGAAGAUUCAAGGUCCAUCAUGCCCUUCACCAGGUCAUCGAAGCAAGCAGAGACUCAGUUGUUUUGGUCUUCUUGCAAGACGUCAACGACUACAAACUGUCCCGCUCACUAUUCCUCCGCAGGGGCAUGUUGCGUCCCCGUUGCAUUCUUGAGUGGCCUGUUCAGAGGGAGAGAGUUCCUGCCUUUCAUCAGAAGCUGCUUAUUGCACUUGGCAUGACAAAUCGACUGCAAGACUGACUGUGCAUCAUGAAAGGUUUCAUAUUAUUUUACAUCAUUACCAUUGCUUCUGUUUAACUGAUUUUCUCAUGGAGUUACCUAGGAGGGUGUUUUGGUCUGUGUGUGAGUACUCUCCUAAAAAAUGUGCAGCUUAUUUAAAAAAAAGAAUCUUAUUUACAUGUUUCUUAUAGAAAGACAUAAAAUGCAUCAUAAAUAUUUCAACAAAAUCAUAAUUUUGUUUGAGAAAUACAAGCUCAAUCUUCAGAUUAUUCAUUUAAACAUUGCGUGCAUGUCUGUGUGUGAGUGAUUGCAUGUACUAAAUAAACAGUUGGAUAUUUUGUAUUUUGAUACAUUUUGUAAUAAAUGAAUGUUGCUGGGUUUCUUUGCUUUGAAAUUCUGUCCCUUUCUGUAAUUCCUGAAUUCAAACCAUUAAAGUCAAUUAUACAAUAUUAAAGAAA